AUGUAUUCGGAUAUCAAAUACAGUCAACUUGAAGAUCCUGACCAUUGGAUCAGACUCAUCAAACUAGAGCCUGCUCCGUCGGAACCUACUUCUGAUCCCGAUCGACCAGAUCUCCUCGUGUGCAAUAUUGAGGAAUAUGUUCGCGGCGACUCUCAGCCAUAUACAGCUUUAUCUUAUGUCUGGGAAUCUCCAAGCAGCCCCAAAAGGCUGGUUAGCAUUGAUGGGACGACAAUAGACAUUAGCUCAACCGUCGAGAAUGCCCUUCGACGUCUACGGUUUCGCAAAAAGCCUCGAUGGCUUUGGGUCGAUCAGCUGUGUAUCAACCAAGCUGACGAAGUCGAAAAGAGCCGCCAGGUUCAUCAAAUGCACCAUAUCUACAGGGAAGCAGAUCAGGUGAUCGCAUGGUUGGGUAAUGGUGAUGAGAGCAGCGAUCUCAUAUGCCGCUUGAUGCGCGACACAGGCCGAGCCCUGCGCUCUAACGACCUUGAGGCUUUGCGUAAGCUUUACUCUGGCAACAAGGAGGAAGGUUCCAUUGAUAUAGAAGCUGCUAAAACGGCGUUCCAUGAUUACUGUCAACGACGCUAUUGGCAACGUCUUUGGAUCAUGCAGGAGUUUGCCGUUGGUCGGCGUAUUGCCAUUGCCUGUGGUGGCUGGAUUGUGAAGUACGAUCUCAUAGAUCAGACGCUGGAAGCCCCGAGUAUUGUUCAACGUCGCGCGCGAAAGAAGUCCGUCGAUGGGCUUGAGAUGCUGAUUCGGAAUCUGAAUUAUGUCUACUCCACUCCCCUCAACAGCUAUGUUUAUAGCCUGUUCACCAGACGAUGGCACUAUGUCUAUACUCCCGAUGGAGAGAGUCCAUGGGGCCAACCCCUUCUACAGGUCGUCGCAGUAUCGCUCACUCUGGAAGUCGACUACAACGUUGUACACGCGACCGAUCCGCGGGAUCGCAUCUUUGCAUUACUAAACCUAACUGGAGACAGGGAUCAUUUUAACUUGUUCCCAGACUACUCUAUGACAGUUGAAGAAGUGUACAGAGAAACAGCCUGUAAAAUUCUAGAAAAAGGCACUAUUGAUGUUCUCAUGUACUGCCAAAGGCCUAGAAAACUUGCCUCUCUGCCCAGUUGGGUACCCGACUGGAGCAUGGAUGUUCUGCAUCCGAACGCCCAGCCAGCCUGGGAUACUCCUUUCAAGGCGUCAGGAACAUAUACCGCUGUACCAAAAUUUCCCCAAUUCGACAUAGCGACGUUUGAAGGCAUUUACGUGGAUAAAGUGAAAGACAUCGGCGCAACUUGGGACCCAAACUGGUUAAAACCCAUUAACCAGGCUGCAGCCAACCAAUGGCUCAAAAGCAUCAGAAGAUUUUGCGAUAGCUCACCAAGAAUCAGGGUUGGGGAAGAGCGCUUAGAUGCUGCGCGCAUCGGGAUACUCGAUGGUACUACUUACUUCACUACGGUGCCAUAUCAGGGUUGGGGAUCUCAGUGUGCAGAAGAAGUCGAGAAAAUUCAGCGUCCUGACACACUUGGAAGAGAGGAAGCCGGAGAGGCUUCGUCUGCAGAAGGCUCUUUCUAUGCUUCCGCUCUUAUGCGGAUGCACACGAGACGUGCCUUUAUGACUUCCACGGGCUUUGUUGGGGUAGGUCCACUGGAUAUGCAGCCAGGAGAUGAAGUCUGUAUCCUGCUUGGAGGGAAGGUACCCUACCUAUUGCGACCUCAGAGCGAUGAGACAUAUACACUUGUGGGAGAGGCGUACGUGCACGGAGUCAUGCACGGAGAACUCUUCAAAGGCGGUGCUAGAAACCUACGAAGCUUUACUGUAAAGUAG